GCAAAAUUCUAGUGCUCCUCGGGCACAAUAUGAUUUUCCAUCAAAAAUAAAACAAAAAAUCCUAAACCCUAGAUUAUUAUUUUUUAUUAAAUAAAUCACAUCCGUCGCCGGGAAGUUCAUCGGAACCGCUUAAUCUCAGGUUGCUUUAAUCAAACAGCCGCAUUAGAAGCGACCAAAUGGACAAAGGGGUUUUUUGGAUGCCGAAAAGCAGUGUACAUGCGAGUGGUGUAGAUGCGGUUCUUGAUAAUAGCCCGUCUAAGAUGGAACCUAAACGAGCCCGUCACUGGUUCUUAGACCCUUCUGAAGCCGAUUUUUUUCCUAGCAAAAAGCAGGCCCUCCAAUCUUCAAACGCGAAGCCUGAGCCCGAUAUCAUGAUCCCUGUAUCUCUUCCUUGGGAAAGCAGCUCCGGGUUCUCUCCCGGGCCCACCACCCAAUUCAUGGACCGGCUUUUUGGAUCCGAGACAAUCGAUAGCAGCAGUAUGCAACCAGAUGGCUCGAACAUAAGGACAAAAGCUGAGGGUGAACAUUUUGAUAACGAUGUUGAUGGUUUAUCGAUGUCUUAUCCCUUGGUGGACCCCACGUUGACCUACGGCAGCCUUAGAAAGGUCAAAGUCAGUCAAGUGAACGAUGAUGCAUCUCUUGACCAGGGUUAUCACGAGACGAGCGAGAGCACGUUCGACGCUUAUUGUAAGGAAAGUGAGAAUAUGGCGUUGAUGGGUGGCCUUUCCUAUGAAAUUGGGGGGGAAGAAGAAGCGAAUGUCAGGUCAGUGGGGCCCACCUUCGGCUAUCAAGACGAGUCUGCGAUCGAAGCUCUGGCCAAGCCUGUUGUUGGUAGCUAUAGCUUGUUGUACGAACAACAAUCUUCUUCUGCUGCUCAGACAUUGGAAGUAGUGCCCAGCAAAAAGGAAGUAGUGGAUGUGCCGAAUUUCGAUGCUUCUUUGAGCAUUUCUCGUGCGCAUAAAUCCAAAAUCGAGUCUAAGAAUAAAUCGGAAACAAAAUCGGCCAGGAAAGAAGCACCAAACAGUUUCCCGUCUAACGUUAGGAGCUUGAUAGCUACAGGUAUUCUGGAUGGGGUUCCGAUUAAAUAUGUUUCUGUGUCACGGGAGGAGCUUCGAGGGAUUAUCAAAGGUUCGGGUUACCUCUGUGGGUGUGAGUCUUGUAAUUACUCUAAGGCACUUAAUGCUUAUGAAUUUGAGCGUCAUGCGGGUUGCAAGACAAAGCACCCGAAUAACCACAUAUACUUUGAGAAUGGCAAGACCAUAUAUCAGAUAGUUCAGGAGUUGAGAAGUACCCCAGAGAGUAUGUUAUUUGAUGCCAUACUGAAUGUAACUGGGUCUCCUAUCAACCAGAAUGCCUUCCGCAUUUGGAAAGAAUCAUUUCAAGCUGCAACUCGCGAGCUUCGGCGUAUUUAUGGGAAGGAAGAGCUCAACCUAUGAUAGAAAUUUCAAAUUGCAACCGGAUACAGAUUCAUGCAGGGGAUGAUAUUGUAUCUUUUUUUUUUGGCCGGACAGAACUUGAAUCCGGUAAGCUAUGUAAAUAGUGUGUGGAUAACCAAUUUUGGAUUUAUGUUAAUUUCAAAUGCAGAGCUGCUCGAAUAGGGGAAUCGUGGUUUCAACCUUGGUUAGACUGCUUUACAUAAAUUUUUUUGAAUAAUCCUGUGAAUUAUUAUCAAAUUAACUCAAUGUAGAGUUGAAACAACAUCACUUGAUAUUGUACAAAAGAGAAAAAAAUUGACGGGCCGUACUGAAAACUGCUUUGAAGUGAAAAUAUUUUGAGAUAGUAAGCAUG